UCGAUAUCGUCGUUUUCUUCGUUCAUAUCAACUCUCACCAUCCACCAACAACAAAUUCCAACAUCACACCGUCUCAUAGCGCAAAACAUACAUGGCACCUCUCUCCGCGUCCGAACUGAAGGAUAUCCUCGAAUGGACGAUCAUUCUCGCCCGCAACGCCGGCAAGAUCAUGCUCGAAGGUUCGCAAGCGAUCCAGAUAGCGGCGGCUUCAGAAGAUACGGGUAUCAACGAGAAGAAGAAUUCGGUAGAUCUGGUGACGGAGUACGACGUGAAGGUGGAGGAGUUGGUGAAGAAGGAGAUCAGGGAAAAGUAUCCGAGCUUCAAGUUUGUUGGAGAAGAAACUGCGGCAGCUGGAAACCGUCCACCUCUGACGGACGAGCCGACGUUCUGUGUUGACCCCAUUGAUGGAACUACGAAUUUCGUGCACGCUUUCCCUUUUGCCUGCAUCUCUCUUGGUCUCAUCGACGAGAAACGCCCCGUCCUCGGCGUCAUCUACAAUCCCUUCCUCGACCACCUCUAUACAGGCAUCAAGGGACAAGGCUCAUACCUUACGCGCCCAGGUGUUCCACCCGCCAAACUGCCUCUCCAUCCAGCUCGUCCCCUGGCCUCGCUAUCACAGGCAUUGCUCGCCAUCGAAUGGGGAUCUGACCGCAAAGCCUCCGUUCUCAAGCCCAAAGCCGACUCUUUCACGCGCCUUGCCGCAGACACGGUAGCAAACGGCGGAGUUGAAGGCGGGAAGAUGGCACAUUCAUUGAGGAGUAUAGGAAGUGCGGCGUUGAACUUUGCUAUGGUGGCUCAGGGAGGGCUUGAUCUUUACUGGGAGAUUGGAUGCUGGGAGUGGGACGUCUGCGCGGGCAUCGUCAUAGCGCAAGAAGCAGGAGGAUUCGUCACUGGUUCGCGGUGGUCGCCACACGACGGUGAGGUCACAGAAGAUAUCCUCAGAGGGAGGAAAUACCUGGUUGUGAGAGGCCUAGCCGGUGGAAAGGGAGAAAGCGCUCUCGAUGCGCAAAAGCGGAUCGUGAAGGAGUUUUACGAGACCGUCGAUGAUGUUGACAUUGAUAUCAACAAAUAAUCGCCUCUAAGAAGGACCGGCAAGACCGCACGAGUCAAGGAAGUAGGGUUGAUGAGGCCAUCGAACGCUGGUAGAGCGAGAGUCGCCAAGUCAAAGAGGCUAGAGGAUAGAGUCUGUUGGAUCAACGAAUCUACGCUGUGUAAAGUCAAAUAGAAAGUGUAUUUCAUGGUUUUAUCUUGCAUCGGUCGAUCACAGGGUUCGCUAGGUCAUAUAAUGCUCAGAUGAGUGUUCAACGCGUCGAACACUGAGUAAAUCAUAAACUCAAAUACUCCAAGUCGGGUACAAUACCCUGCUCAUCGGUAUACCUAGACGAGACCUCAAGCCCGGAGAACAUAGAACCCCGAACCAUCCUAUAACUCUUCCGUCUGACCGAACUCAGCCCAUCUCCAUCCACCUUUCGCCGAAAUACGUACAGAUAACGCAUCUGAUAAUACUCCACGACCUUCAAGGACGGAAAGAGUGAGAAGAGCGCAUGGGCGUUGGCGGUCCCUUCGGCGGAAAGACCGCCGCCACUAAGAAGGGCAUCCUCGGCGACCCACUUCACGGUCUGUAAUGACGUCGGAAAAGCGUCUUUGACUUUUUCCAAGUUCGAGACGUCGAGGACUUGCGGGGGGCGAAGGCGAGGUGUUGCAGACACGGUGUAAGUACGUUGGCGGAGUUGGAGGUGGCGAAGGUUGGUUGUAUGGGUAAGGAGGUUGGAAAGAACCCAGGAGAACUGCCAACGUCCGCCAUUGUGUGGCGUCUCGCAGACGGAGAGAUGUGUGAGUCUGGGGCCACAAAGCUUGAAGGCUUCCAAGUGCGCUUGCUCGCUGGUUCGACGGAAUCGCUCCGUAGUGUGUGAGUCGUCACAUAAGGUGUAGUCGAUCCUUAACUGGGUAAGGUGGGUCAUCACUUUCAAAAGCGACGCGGACAACAAAGCGCCGACACGGGCGAUGUCGAGUUCACAUAUCUUAAGGUGUGGCAGGCCUUGCGCAAAGUGGAAUGGAUAGGAAGGCACGGCGCGGUCCUGGUCGCCACUGUCGCAACACCUUCCGAGACGCCAGACCGUGAGCUUCGGAUGGGACUCCAAGAAUGCGGUGAUAGUCGCAGGGCAUGAAGGGAUAUUCGUGCUCGUAAAGUGGGUCAAAGUCGACGCCGUAUCGGAAGAGAUCUUCGAAAAAUAUUCGGUGUCAAAAAGUCCUGAGUAUGUCCGUAUAGUCAGUUGACGGAGAUCGGUCAAUUGGCAGAGAGCUGGAGUUAGGUCUCUCUUCUGUGGUGGCCUGUUGUAUGAUGGGUAAAUACUCGAGGACCUGUCAAAGUCGGAGAAUAUUAUGGAUUUGAUCAUGGGACCGAAAUAUGCCGGUCGCGACAUGAUGGUGGCUUCCAAGCGUGCGAAACGGCGCCUCUCCCCUCCUCCGAAUGUUGCGAGGUCUCCGAUAUUCUCGUAGAGUAGCGGCGUGGCCCAGGCGGCAUAACUUUGACUGGUCAGACAGAGGGAGACAAGAUCGUUGCGCGAGACAUCUCGACAGACUUGUGUACGCAGUUCGACGGGGAGUUUCUCC